AUGUUGACAUGGUUCUCUCAUCAACCUAAAAUAAUAGGAUCAGUGCGGUUAUUUCCCCCCGGGGGGAAUAACUGCGGUAUAAUUUUUUUUUAUUUUUUACCCUCAUAUGAGAAGAAGUUUUUUUAG